AUGCAGUCUCCUCCUCAACCUGCUUCGGCUUCGGUGUUCGGCCUUGUCGCCUCUGCCGUCCGCCAUGAACAUGAUGCGGGCAAGGUUGUGCCCGAUGGUAUUCGAUAUCUCGGUCAUGGCUUCGAGUUCGCUCUCGUCGAGAAGGGCGAGGAGUUGUUCGGGGGUCAAGGGCGUGAAGGCGUCUCGGCCCGUACCAGAGCCGACAGUCCGGUCUCCUCUGCCGCUCGUACAUUGCAGAAGAUCCUUGGCACCUCUCCGUAUCUGUAG